AUGUAUCUUGAGUGCGUUAAAGUCAUGUUGGAUGGAUCCCAACCAUCUGAUGUCACAGUAGAUAGUUCUUCUAAUGCUCCAGGGGAUCUACCAUCAGAUUCACAGAAACCAAAAGGAUGGAGUCCAGCUGAUACAGACGAAAACCCUAAACUUAUCUUUAAGAUAAACGAUGAAGAUGAUACAUCACAAUUGUACUCCAUAACUUUUGAUGAAACCAAUGUUGAAUCUGUAAUUGUGAAAAUCAAACAGGAUACAACUGUAAUAGAUAGAAUACCUGUUGACAAUUUUGACAGUCCUAUCAGUCUAGGUGGAAAACCUGGAAACAUCAUCGAAUUGAUUAUUAAACCAGACACUACUGAUGAGACAACAACAAUUAGUAAUGUAGUAAUUAAGGCAUGUUUCGAAGAGAUUGAAACAACUACUGCUAUUACAACAAAAGCUCCUACCACAUCAACGACACUAACAACUGGAACCAGUGUCGUAACAACUCCAAGUGUUACUAGUUCUAUAUUGACACAACCUAGUACUACCACUAUCACUACAACACCAUCGUCAACUACAGAAACUACUGUCAUAACAUCUGAAACUACACCAACAGUUUCAUCAACAACAACCGUUUUGACAACAACAGAGUGCGUUAAAGUCAUGUUGGAUGGAUCCCAACCAUCUGAUGUCACAGUAGAUAGUUCUUCUAAUGCUCCAGGGGAUCUACCAUCAGAUUCACAGAAACCAAAAGGAUGGAGUCCAGCUGAUACAGACGAAAACCCUAAAUUAAUCUUUAAGAUAAACGAUGAAGAUGAUACAUCACAAUUGUACUCCAUAACUUUUGAUGAAACCAAUGUUGAAUCUGUAAUUGUGAAAAUUAAACAGGAUACAUCUGUAAUAGACAGAAUACCUGUUGACAACUUUGACAGUCCUAUCAGUCUAGGUGGAAAACCUGGAAACAUCAUCGAAUUGAUUAUUAAACCAGACACUACUGAUGAGACACCAACCAUUAGUAAUGUAGUAAUUAAGGCAUGUUUCGAAGAGAUUGAAACAACUACUGCUAUUACUACAAAAGCCCCUACCACAUCAACGACACAAACAACUGGAACCAGUGUCGUAACAACUCCAAGUGUUAGUAGUUCUGUAUCGACACAACCUACUACUACCACUAUCACUACAACACCAUCGUCAACUACAGAAACUACUGUCAUUACAUCUGAAACUACACCAAGAGUUUCACCAACAACAACCGUUUUGACAACAACAGAGUGCGCUAAAGUUAUGUUGGAUGGAUCUCAACCAACUGAUGUCACGGUAGAUAGUUCUUCUAAUGCACCAGGAGAUGUGGCAGCAGAUUCACAGAUACAAAAAGGAUGGACUCCAGAUGAUACAGACGAAAACCCUAAACUAACCUUUAAGAUAAACGAUGCAGAUGAUACAUCAGAAUUGUACUCCAUAACUUUUGAUGAAACUAAUGUUGAAUCUGUAACAGUUAUUGUCAAACAGGAUACAACUGUAAUAGAUAGAAUACCUGUAUUUGAGUUUGAUAGUCCUGUUGAUCUAAAGGGAGUGUCUGGUAACGUAAUUGUACUAAAAAUAGUUCCGCAAAAUGAUCAGUUGUCACCUACUAUCAAAAACGUUGUCAUAAAGGCUUGUUUUGAACCAUCUGCAACAACAACAAUUGCUGCUACUACACCUUUGACCAGCAAAACAACCAUUAUUACAUCUACUGCUGGAUUUUCUACUGCUUCUGAGACUGCUCAGCCUACAACUUUGACAACUGGCACAACAACAGUAUCAACCACUUCUGUUGAAACAUCAGCAACACAACCUAGUGUGAGUACAUCUGCUGUUACACAACCAAGUGUGAGUACCUCUGCUGCUACACAACCAAGUGUGAGUACAUCUGCUGCUACACAACCAAGUGUUAGUACAUCUGCUGCUACACAACCAAGUGUGAGUACAUCUGCUGCUACACAACCAAGUGUUAGUACCUCUGCUGCUACACAACCAAGUGUAAGUACCUCUGCUGCUACACAACCAAGUGUGAGUACCUCGGCUGUUACACAACCAAGUGUUAGUACAUCUGCUGCUACACAACCAAGUGUGAGUACCUCGGCUGUUACACAACCUAGUGUUAUUACAUCUGCUGCUACACAACCAAGUGUGAGUACCUCUGCUGCUACACAACCAAGUGUGAGUACAUCUGCUGCUACACAACCAAGUGUGAGUACAUCUGCUGCUACACAACCAAGUGUUAGUACCUCUGCUGCUACACAACCAAGUGUGAGUACAUCUGCUGCUACACAACCAAGUGUAAGUACCUCUGCUGCUACACAACCAAGUGUUAGUACCUCUGCUGCUACACAACCAAGUGUGAGUACAUCUGCAGCUACAACAACAAGUGUGAGUACCUCUGCUGUUCCAACGACAAGUGUUAGUACUUCUGCUGCUACACAACCAAGUGUGAGUACAUCUGCUGCUACACAACCAAGUGUAAGUACCUCUGCAGCUACAACAACAAGUGUAAGUACCUCGGCUGCUACAACGACAAGUGUUAGUACUUCUGCUGCUACACAACCAAGUGUUAGUACAUCUGCUGCUACACAACCAAGUGUGAGUACAUCUGCUGCUACACAACCAAGUGUGAGUACCUCUGCUGCUACACAACCAAGUGUUAGUACUUCUGCUGCUACACAACCAAGUGUGAGUACAUCUGCUGCUACACAACCAAGUGUAAGUACCUCUGCAGCUACAACAACAAGUGUAAGUACCUCUGCUGCUACACAGCCAAGUUUAAGUACUUCUGCUGCUACACAACCAAGUGUUAGUACAUCUGCUGCUACACAACCAAGUGUGAGUACCUCUGCUGCUACACAACCAAGUGUGAGUACAUCUGCUGCUACAACGACAAGUAUUAGUACAUCUGCUGCUACACAACCAAGUGUGAGUACAUCUGCUGCUACACAACCAAGUGUGAGUACAUCUGCUGCUACACAACCAAGUGUAAGUACCUCUGCUGCUACAACGACAAUUGUUAGUACUUCUGCUGCUACACAACUAAGUGUUAGUACAUCUGCUGCUACACAAUCAAGUGUGAGUACAUCUGCUGCUACACAACCAAGUGUAAGUACCUCUGCUGUUACACAACCAAGUGUGAGUACAUCUGUGGCUACAACGACAAGUGUUAUAACAUCUGCUGCUACACAACCAAGUAUAAGUACAUCUGCUGUUACACAACCAAGUGUAAGUACCUCUGCUGUUACACAGCCAAGUGAAAGUACCUCUGCUGCUACAACGACAAGUGUUAGCACAUCUGCUGCUACACAACCAAGUGUAAGUACAACUGCUGCUACACAACCAAGUGUUAGUACAUCUGCUGCUACAACGACAAGUGUGAGUACAUCUGCUGCUACACAACCAAGUAUAAGUACCUCUGCUAUUACGCAACCAAGUGUUACUACUUCUGCUGCUACAACGACAAGUGUAAGUACAUCUGCUGCUACACAACCAAGUGUUAGUACAUCUGCUGCUACACAACCAAGUGUGAGUACAUCUGCUGCUACACAACCAAGUGUGAGUACGACUGAGGCUACAACAACAGGUAUAAGUACCUCUGCUGCUACACAACCAAGUGUAAGUACAUCUGCUGCUACAACGACAAGUGUAAGUACAUCUGCUGCUACACAACCAAGUGUGAGUACCUCUGCUGCUACACAACCAAGUGUGAGUACCUCUGCCGUUACAACGACAAGCGUUAGUACAUCUGCUGCUACACAACCAAGUGUGAGUACCUCUGCUGCUACAACGACAAGUGUAAGUACAUCUGCUGCUACACAACCAAGUGUGAGUACAUCUGCUGCUACACAACCAAGUGUGAGUACCUCUGCUGCUACACAACCAAGUGUUAGUACCUCUGCUGCUACAACGACCAUUGUUAGUACUUCUGCUGCUACACAACCAAGUGUUAGUACAUCUGCUGCUACACAACCAAGUGUGAGUACAUCUGCUGCUACACAACCAAGUGUAAGUACCUCUGCUGUUACACAGCCAAGUGUGAGUACAUCUGUGGCUACAACGACAAGUGUUAUUACAUCUGCUGCUACACAACCAAGUAUAAGUACAUCUGCUGUUACACAACCAAGUGUAAGUACCUCUGCUGUUACACAGCCAAGUGAAAGUACCUCUGCUGCUACAACGACAAGUGUUAGCACAUCUGCUGCUACACAACCAAGUGUAAGUACAACUGCUGCUACACAACCAAGUGUUAGUACAUCUGCUGCUACAACGACAAGUGUGAGUACAUCUGCUGCUACACAACCAAGUGUAAGUACCUCUGCUGUUACGCAACCAAGUGUUAGUACUUCUGCUGCUACAACGACAAGUGUAAGUACAUCUGCUGCUACACAACCAAGUGUUAGUACAUCUGCUGCUACACAACCAAGUGUGAGUACAUCUGCUGCUACACAACCAAGUGUAAGUACGACUGAGGCUACAACAACAGGUAUAAGUACCUCUGCUGCUACACAACCAAGUGUAAGUACAUCUGCUGCUACAACGACAAGUGUAAGUACAUCUGCUGCUACACAACCAAGUGUUAGUACAUCUGCGGCUACACAACCAAGUGUGAGUACCUCUGCCGUUACAACGACAAGCGUUAGUACAUCUGCUGCUACACAACCAAGUGUGAGUACCUCUGCUGCUACAACGACAAGUGUAAGUACAUCUGCUGCUACACAACCAAGUGUGAGUACCUCUGCUGCUACAACGACAGGUGUAAGUACAUCUGCUGCUACACAACCAAGUGUAAGUACAUCUGCUGUUACACAACCAACUGUAAGUACCUCUGCUGCUACACAACCAAGUGUGAGUACAUCUGCUGCUACACAACCAAGUGUUAGUACCUCUGCUGCUACACAACCAAGUGUUAGUACCUCUGCUGCUACACAACCAAGUGUGAGUACCUCUGCUGCUACAACGACAAGUGUAAGUACAUCUGCUGCUACACAACCAAGUGUAAGUACCUCUGCUGCUACAACGACAAGUGUGAGUACAUCUGCUGCUACACAACCAAGUGUGAGUACCUCUGCUGCUACAACGACAAGUGUAAGUACAUCUGCUGCUACACAACCAAGUGUAAGUACAUCUGCUGUUACACAACCAAGUGUGAGUACAUCUGCUGCUACACAACCAAGUGUGAGUACCUCUGCUGCUACACAACCAAGUGUUAGUACUUCUGCUGCUACACAGCCAAGUGUUAGUACCUCUGCUGCUACACAACCAAGUGUAAGUACCUCUGCUGCCACAACAACAAUUGUGAGUACAUCUGCUGCUACACAACCAAGUGUGAGUACAUCUGCUGCUACACAACCCAGUGUGAGCACAUCUGCUGCUACACAACCAAGUGUAAGUACCUCUGCUGUUACACAGCCAAGUGUGAGUACAUCUGUGGCUACAACGACAAGUGUUAUUACAUCUGCUGCUACACAACCAAGUAUAAGUACAUCUGCUGUUACACAACCAAGUGUAAGUACCUCUGCUGUUACACAGCCAAGUGAAAGUACCUCUGCUGCUACAACGACAAGUGUUAGUACCUCUGCUGCUACACAAUCAAGUGUUAGUACCUCUGCUGCUACACAACCAAGUGUGAGUACCUCUGCUGCUACAACGACAAGUGUAAGUACAUCUGCUGCUACACAACCAAGUGUAAGUACCUCUGCUGCUACAACGACAAGUGUGAGUACAUCUGCUGCUACACAACCAAGUGUGAGUACCUCUGCUGCUACAACGACAAGUGUAAGUACAUCUGCUGCUACACAACCAAGUGUAAGUACAUCUGCUGUUACACAACCAAGUGUGAGUACAUCUGCUGCUACACAACCAAGUGUGAGUACCUCUGCUGCUACACAACCAAGUGUUAGUACUUCUGCUGCUACACAGCCAAGUGUUAGUACCUCUGCUGCUACACAACCAAGUGUAAGUACCUCUGCUGCCACAACAACAAUUGUGAGUACAUCUGCUGCUACACAACCAAGUGUGAGUACAUCUGCUGCUACACAACCCAGUGUGAGCACAUCUGCUGCUACACAACCAAGUGUGAGUACCUCUGCUAAUACACAACCAAGUGUAAGUACCUCUGCUGCUACACAACCAAGCGUAAGUGUAGUGACCGAAACACAAACAACUGCUGGCCCAAAAACUGGAUCUACUGCUGGAUUUUCUACACCUUCUGAAACAGCUCAACCUACCACUUUAACAACUGGUACAACAACGACUUCCACUACUGUUUCAACGACAAGUACAGGUAAGGCUUCACUUAAGUUCUAG